AUGAACGGAGACGCAUACUCUGCCAGAGAGCCUGGGCGCUCUAGGGAUUUCUAUAGAGACGAACGGAGGGAGCGCGGAGAUCGUGGUGAUCGGGGUGAUCGGGGUGAUCGAGAUAGAGGAGAAAGAAGACGCUCAAGAUCUCCACACUACGGUUCUGGUCGGGGCUCGCGACGCGAACAUGAAGCAGACUCGUAUUCCUCGAGUCGCGAUUACAGGGCUAGAGAGCGCGAGGAUCGCUACACGAACCGUAGAGACGAGCGAGAAUGGGAUCGCGAUCGAGGAGAUCGCCGUCGCCGAGACAUUGAUGACCGUCCUGCACGUCGAGAACGUGGCGACAGGGGUGAUCUAUUCGAGGAACGUCCACGUCGUCGGGAACGUGAGCGCGAGCGUGAGGGUGGCCGGGAGAAGGAGCGGCGACGAAGCAACUCACCUCCUCGAAAGAGGGAGCCAACUCCAGACCUAACGGAUAUUCAGUCCGUUUUGACACGAAAACGUCGUUUGACUCAGUGGGAUAUCAAGCCGCCUGGAUAUGAUAACGUUACAGCUGAGCAGGCCAAGCUAUCUGGCAUGUUUCCUCUUCCAGGUGCUCCUCGUCAACAAGCUGUCGAUCCUUCACGUCUACAAGCGUUCAUGAACCAGCCAGGAUCAGCCGAUAAUGCGGCACUCAACCCUUCGAAUUCCAGACAAGCUAAACGUUUAUUUGCUUACAACUUCCCGGAUACAGUGACCGAAGAUAGCUUUGUUUCGUUUUUCAACCUCCAAUUGAACGGUCUGAACAUUAUAACGGGAAUUGACCCUUGUAUAUCUGCUCAAAUAGCAAAGGAUCGUUCAUUUGCACUUUUAGAAUUCAAGACACCAAACGAUGCCACCGUCGCCCUGGCUUUUGAUGGAACAACAAUGGAAGAACACGAAGCCAUGGACACUACCAAUGGGGGCGUGAAAGGCCUCGAACUGCGCCGACCUAAGGACUAUAUCGUUCCUCCUUCUGAAGAGCAACAAUAUCAAGAGGGCGUGAUUGCUAAUGAGGUGCCUGACUCGGCAAACAAGAUAUGCGUGACAAAUAUUCCGACAUACAUUCCCGAAGAACCAGUCACGAUGUUACUGAAGUCAUUUGGGGAACUCAAAGCUUUUGUGCUUGUCAAAGACAGCGGAACAGAAGAAUCCCGGGGUAUUGCCUUCUGCGAAUACAUUGAUCCCGCGGCAACUACAAUAGCAGUUGAGGGUUUGAACGGCAUGGAGCUUGGUGACAAACAUCUCAAGGUAACUCGGGCCAGUGUUGGGUCCACACAGGCAUCUGGUCUUGACAUGGGAGUCAACGCCAUGUCCAUGUUUGCAAAGACAACUUCUUCAGAUCUCGAGACCAGCCGUAUUCUACAGUUGCUGAACAUGGUGACACCUGAGGAACUUAUGAACAUUGAUGAUUACGAAGAAAUCUGCGAAGACGUGCAAGAAGAAUGUUCCAAGUAUGGUCAAGUUCUUGAUCUAAAAAUUCCCCGACCUACUGGUGGGAGCCGACAGUCUGCUGGUGUUGGUAAGAUCUUCGUCAAGUUCGACAAUGUCGAAUCUGCGACUCGGGCGUUGCAAGCCCUUGCUGGACGCAAAUUCUCCGACCGCACUGUUGUGACGACUUAUUUCUCAGAGGAAAGUUUCGAAGUGGAUGCAUGGUGA